AUGGCAGCCACGCACGGUGUCCAGUUCGAGGAGAUCCUGAGCCGGGCCGGGGACGCAGGACUCUGGCAGGCCCUGGUGUUCGUCUGGUCAAUGGUCGGCUCCGUGCUCUCCGGUAUGCAUAACUUCAGCAGUGUCUUCGUCGGCGGCGAGCCGGAGCACCGCUGCGCGCUGCCCGGAGAGCUGGCCAACGAGACAGCCAGCGAGGAGCAGCUGCACCUCUGGCUGCCGUACAACAAUGCCACCGGCCAGCCGGCCUCCUGUGAGCGCUGGGACGCGGCCGGAGGCAGCCGCACGGUGGGCUGCGACGCCGACUGGGUGUACAGCCGGGAGCGUUUCCACUCGACCAUCGUCAGCCAGUGGGACCUGGUUUGCGGCCGCCGCUGGAUGAUGUCCACCGUCCAGGCCAGCUACAUGUUCGGCAUCUUCUGCGGAUCCAUGAUCAGCGGCGUGCUAUCAGACCAGUUCGGAAGGCGGCGCGUCGUCUGUUACAGUAGCGUUCUGUUCAUCAUCUCCAGCCUAGCCACGGCCGGGGCUGGCAGCUACGCCACCUUUGUCACGCUGCGCUUCAUAACUGCCUUCACGGGAACAAGUGUGUUCAAUAGCAUGUUCAUCCUGACGAUGGAGGUGAUGGGGCCGCGCUGGCGCUCUUUGGUCGGGCUCGUCUACCAGAUCCCGUUUUCAUGCGGCAUGAUGGCGCUGUCGGCGGCCGCCUAUCUGGUGCGUGACUGGCGUUACUUGCAGCUGGUCAUAUCGGCCCCCUCUGUGCUCAUGCUCGGCUUCUGGUGGGCGCUUCCCGAGUCGCCGCGCUGGCUCAUCAUGCAGGACAGGCUGCCGGAGGCGCUGGAUGUGCUGGUGGCCGCUGCACGCCGCAACAAGCGCUCGCUGCCCUCAGACGCCGAGAUGAUGAGGAUGAUGUCGGAGUUCCGCGCUGCCGAGACGAAGCUGUCCCCAGACGACGACGAGGAGCCGCAGCGAUCGGCGCUCCAGAGCUGCGCCAACGGCAUCGGCGAGAUAUGUCGGCUGGUGGGCACUCCACGGAUGCGGCGCAUCAGUCUGGCAAGCUUCUACAACUGGCUAGCAGUGUCUCUAAUCUACUACGGCGUCACGUUCAACUCUGCCGACCUGAGCAGUAGCCCGUACCUGGCCAUCUUCCUGGCCGGCCUGGUGGAGGUGCCGGCCGUGCUCCUGGCCGUGCCGCUCAUCAGCCGCGUCGGUCGCCGCCCGACCAUGGUGCUGACGUUCCUGCUGGCCGGCGCGGCCAUCCUCUGCAUCAUGGCCGUGCCGGCGGGCACCGCCUGGCCCAAACUGACGCUCGCCAUGGUGGGCAAGUUCGCCUCGUCGGCCGGGUUCGCCGUCAUCUUUCUCUACACGGCCGAGUUCUUCCCCACCACUCUGCGCAACGUCGGCUUCGGCGCGUCGAGCAUGUGCGCCCGGGUGGGCUCGAUGGCGGCGCCGUACGUGGUGGACCUGCUGUCGCCAGUGCACUGGGCCAUCCCCAGCUGCGUGUUCGGCCUGGCGGGCGUGACGGCGGCGCUGGUGGCGUUGCUGCUGCCGGAGACCAACGGACGCCGGCUGCCGGAGACGGUGGCCGACAUCGAGCAGGGCGCCUGGCACCCGGCUCCCAGGGACGGCUACCAGGCUCUGCACAGCACCGAGCCCUGACCGGCCGCGGGCCUCGGCAGACGGCCAGAUCGCCGUCCUACAGAGACACCUGACCGAUACCUGCCGGCUAUCCUAGUCAUGCGUUUUAACUUUGAUGGACGAUCUUGAGUCAUAUGUAGGGACAUGGAGUUGUGGCCGUGUCGGAGAAGUUCUUAGGCAGACAAUUGCAGAGUGGGUCCAGUAUCGUUGACUUGACUUUAUACGGUACGCGUG